AGGUGGGGCCAGGGUGUCUGGGUAGCACACAGCCUACCACAAGGCAAGGAAGGAAGAAAGAAAGGACAGCUUUGGUUCUGGGGAGAAGGGGAGGCAGGCCAGGGGAAGGAGGAGACAGAGGAGGAGGGCCUUUGAGUGGAGGCGGAGGGUGAGACAGACCCUGCCCAGAGCUCCAAGUGGCUUCCUGCUGCUUGCUUCUAAACCCCUCCACAUUCCUGCAGCCCUUCAGACCGCCAGAACUCUUCUGCCGCCUGCCUGACUGCCUGCCUGCCUGCCUGUGCCGAGAGUUCCCAGCACCAUGAGGGCCUGGAUCUUCUUUCUCCUUUGCCUGGCCGGGAGGGCCCUGGCAGCCCCUCAGCAGACCGAAGUUGCUGAGGAAAUAGUGGAGGAGGAAACUGUGGUGGAGGAGACAGGGGUACCUGUGGGUGCCAACCCAGUCCAGGUGGAAAUGGGAGAGUUUGAGGAAGGUGCAGAGGAAACUGUUGAGGAGGUGAUGGCUGACAACCCCUGCCAGAACCAUCACUGCAAACAUGGCAAGGUGUGUGAGCUGGAUGAGAGCAACACCCCCAUGUGUGUGUGCCAGGACCCCACCAGCUGCCCCGCUCCCAUUGGCGAGUUUGAGAAGGUGUGCAGCAAUGACAACAAGACCUUCGACUCUUCCUGCCACUUCUUUGCAACCAAGUGCACCCUGGAGGGCACCAAGAAGGGCCACAAGCUCCACCUGGACUACAUUGGACCAUGCAAAUACAUCGCCCCCUGCCUGGAUUCUGAGCUGACCGAAUUCCCUCUGCGCAUGCGUGACUGGCUCAAAAACGUCCUGGUCACCUUGUACGAGAGAGAUGAGGGCAACAACCUCCUCACUGAGAAGCAGAAGCUGCGUGUGAAAAAGAUCCAUGAGAACGAGAAGCGCCUGGAGGCUGGAGACCACCCUGUGGAGCUGCUGGCCCGAGACUUUGAGAAGAACUACAACAUGUACAUCUUCCCUGUCCACUGGCAGUUUGGUCAGCUGGAUCAGCACCCCAUUGAUGGGUACCUGUCCCACACUGAGCUGGCCCCACUGCGUGCUCCCCUCAUCCCCAUGGAACAUUGCACCACACGCUUCUUUGAGACCUGUGACCUAGACAACGACAAGUACAUUGCCCUGGAGGAAUGGGCCGGCUGCUUUGGCAUCAAGGAGCAGGACAUCAACAAGGAUCUGGUGAUCUAAGUUCACGCCUCCUGCUGCAGUCCUGGACUCUCUCUCCCUUUGAUGUUCCCCCUUCCAUUAGCCCCUUGUUUAAAAUGUUUGGAUGGUUGGCUGUUCUGCCUGGGGAUAAGGUGCUAACAUAGAUUUAACUGAAUACGUUAACGGUGCUAAAAAAAAAAUGUAAGAAAGAAAGAAAGGAACUAGAACCUAAGACACAGCAUUUUCCCACAUAAUUCAACUCUGAGGUCAUGGCUCAUCCACAACCCUCUUGUCCCCUGCACUGCACAGUGUCUCACUGGCUGUGUUGGAAACAGAGUUGCAUAAGCUCACCUUCCACAAGCACAAGAUAUCUUUAGCUUUCAUUUUUAUUUUGCAUUUGACUCUAACACUCAACCCAGACUCUGUGCUUAUUUCAUUUUGGGGGAUGUGGACUUCCUGGGGUCUUCCCCUGGUGGUUUGGAGGUAGGCAGAGGGAAGUUACAGACGCAGAUACAAAAUUUGGGCAAGGAUACUGUGAGACCUGAGGAUCCACCAGUCAGAACCCAGAUGGCAAGUCUCGGUAGCCUAGGUCAACAAUUGACAUAAUAAUCCAGGGCUGUGACACAUAUAAGAGACUCCCAGCAGCCCGGGACCUCGCUCUCUCCUCUACUCUUUGGGCAGUUUCUUUCCAUGUUCGGCUGUUGGUUUUAAUUUUGGUGAGCCAUGGGAGCCAUGGGUGGACCAGAACAUCACGAGGGAUUCUCUUACUCAAUUGCUAAUGGACUUUCAGGCUCUUGCUGGGAGCUCUAGGCACUGGGAGGCGGUUUCAGGAAAGUGAGACUCAAGAGGAAGACAAAGAAGGUUGUAAAGUAGAGAAAGUGAGGCUGGUGAAUUGGUUUGAUCUUUCCCAUCUAGACAGCUGUCAUAAAGUUUCUAGCAUAUCCUCCCUCACCUCUCCCCACUCCCUGCCACUUGAAACCUUCUACUUACUAAUCAAGAGAAACUUCCAAGCCAACGGAAUGGUCGGAUCUCACAGGCUGAGAAUUUGUUCCCCUCCAAGCAUUUCAUGAAAAAGCUGCUUCUCAUUAACCAUGCAAACUCUCACAGUGAUGUGAAGAGCUUGACAAAUCUUUCAAAAUAAAAAGUAAUGACUUAGAAACGGC